CUGACAACGGCCAGCGGUGGGCGUCUGCUCCGCAGUCUCUGCCCGUUACUCAACUAUUAUUUCAAUGCAACACUUAACACUUCCCAUUCUACGCAUACAUUAUCUCGGGCCACCCCCAAGGAAAAGCACCAUUAAUCCUUUCACCGCUUUUCUCGACGUGGAAAAUUAGUAUGCCUCUGCUCAUGAAACCCCGACAGCCUAAGAGUGACGACGAUCACAGACGCCAAGGGUGACUUUGUAAACAGUCACCCAGACGCGAACCUCUGCCCUGCGCAAAACCCACCGCGGUUCCGAGCAGGGAUCCGCUUCCCGCCCCCGCGUCUCGCGGGACCCGUGCCUCCGCCGAGAUUUGGGGCCCCGGAAAGUACAAUCGCGCGAGAACGGAAGCAGGAAGUGCGAGGCAAUCCGUGACCUCCUAGCGGCCCCCGGAAGUGUGGCGUCUCGCUGUGAUCUCCGGCGAACUCGUGCAAAGAACCGUAGUGGGCGAGCUCGGGCGGGGACCAUGCUGACUCGGCUGAAAGCAAAAUCAGAGGGGACGCUUGCAAAACAGAUUUGCAGAGUGGUGUUGGAUCAGUUUGACCAACAGUAUUCCAAAGAGCUUGGGGAUUCCUGGAAUACAGUAAGAGAUGUUCUAAUAUCUCCAUCACUGUGGCAAUACGCCAUCCUCUUCAACCGAUUCAAUUAUCCCUUUGAGCUGGAAAAGGACUUACGUUUGAGGGGCUAUCACACAAUCCUUCAAGGGUCCUUACCGUAUUAUCCUAAAUCAAUGAAGUGUUACCUCAGCCCAACUCCAGACCGAAUGCCGUCAGAGCGACAUCAGACUGGAAACUUGAAAAAGUACUACCUCCUCAACGCUGCCUCCCUUCUCCCCGUGCUGGCUCUGGAACUGAAUGAUGGGGAGACGGUUCUGGACCUGUGCGCUGCUCCAGGAGGCAAAUCAGUAGCUCUGCUGCAGUGUGCUUACCCAGGUUAUCUUCUUUGUAAUGAAUAUGAUGGCCUGAGAGUAAGAUGGCUGAGACAGACAUUGGAAUCUUUCAUCCCACAGUCUUUGACAAAUGUAAUUAAAGUGUCUGAAUUGGAUGGCAGAGAAAUGGGAGAUGCCCAGCCUGAAACGUUUGACAAGGUCUUAGUUGAUGCUCCGUGUUCCAAUGAUCGAAGCUGGCUGUUCUCGUCUGACUCUCAGAAGGCUGCCUGUAGGAUCCGUCAAAGGAACAAUUUGCCUGUCCUACAGGUAGACCUCUUAAGGUCUGCAAUUAAAGCCUUACGGCCUGGAGGGCUCCUCGUGUACUCUACAUGCACACUUUCCAAGGCUGAAAAUCAGGAUGUGGUCAGUGAGAUCUUGACCUCCAGCAGUACCGUCGUGCCUGUGGAUAUUAGUGGAAUCGCAAGGACUUGCUCCCAAGACUUCACAUUUGCCCCCACUGACCAGAAAUGCAGUCUUUUGGUGAUUCCUGAAAAGGGCAAAGCUUGGGGCCCAAUGUUUAUAGCCAAGCUGAAGAAAAAAACUUGAGUACAGGAAAUGGCGAUGUGAUUUUGUAAGCCAUGUUGAUAUGUUACUAUAUGCAUAUUAUUUGAGUCCACUACAUGUUAGUACUUCAAUAAAUUACAGAACCACUUUCCCUUGGACCAUUUGGAAUCCUGUGUAGUUAGUUCUUCAGCCUUGUAGAGAAAAGGCUUAAGAAUUUUUCAGGUACAGUUUUGUUCCUCGAAAUAUAUCUAUAGUGAUGCUUUAAAGUGGGACAAAUGGUGUUGACCUGUAUAAUAAAUUGUUUUUACUUGAUAAAUUAA